AUGGAGAAAUUCACUCAGUUCCGAGAUCGAGGGUCGGGAAUUGCGCCUUUCCUUCCUAUUCCACCUCAACCCGCCGGCUUUCAGCUGCCGUUACGCGUCUUCCUCUUCUUUUUCCGUCUUCCGCUGUUUAUCUUCGUUUGUGUCAGCUACUUCCUCGUGCUACAAUGGCUUCCGAUUGGAUCGCUAGGGAAGAAGGCAUCCUUGUGGUGUAUUCUAGGGGUGCCCAGCAUAUGGUGGAUUGAUCUUCAAGUGGACGGCGUGAGGAAAGGAUCCCUCUCCAAGCAACAUCAAGCGCGUCUUCCAGGUCCAGGCUCCGUCAUUGCCUCCUCGUUUACAUCCCCCAUCGACGCAGUCUACCUGGCCGCCAUAUUCGACCCCGUCUUCACUGCUUCCUACCCGAACUCGCGGAAGGUCGAACAGAUCUCCCUCUUCCAGGCGAUCCUGCGCGCAUUCGCCAUCCCGCAAGCUAACCCACCCCCGAAAGCACGCUUGGUGGAUCUUGCGACCUUAGUCAAGAAAAACCCCGGGCGACCCAUCGUCACGUUCCCCGAAUGCACGACCACCAAUGCGCGGGGCAUCCUGCCCCCCAGCCCCUCGCUCUUGAGUGUGGCCCCGAAGACUAAGAUCUACCCCGUCAGCCUGCGGUAUACCCCGGCUGAUGUUGUGACGCCACUUCCCGGAAGUUAUGUGAGCUUCUUGUGGACGCUGCUCAGCAAACCCACGCACUGUAUCCGGGUGCGCAUUGCCGAGGGGGUGGUGAGUGGAGUUGAUGGAGAGGGCGGAUUCACUACCCGGAAGUCUACGUAUGAUACCAACUAUUUGGAUACACUGGACAAGGAUAGUACGUAUGGAUCCCUGGACACGGAGGAUGCAGAGUUGACGCGGGCUGAGAAGGCCUUGUUGGACAAUGUGGCAGACUCCCUGGCACGUCUGGGAAGAGUCAAGCGGGUUGGAUUGGGCGUUCCGGAGAAGAAGGAUUUUGUCCGAAUGUGGACGAAGACGCGACGAACAUGGUGA